GAACAGUGGAAGCAUGGACUUCCACACAGUCCUGCAGGAUUCACCCUCGUGGACCUUAGAGGAACUAUGAUUUUUUUUUUACAGUGAAAACUAUCAAGCAAAAAGUCUAAGAUAAUUACAAAUGAAGCCUGCUUUCCAUAUUUGAUUGCCCUAUAGUUUGCCACAUCAAGCUUUAAUGAGCAAGAUGAAGGUAAAAUGGACCAUGUUGGGCAUGGUUGUCUUCUUCCUGCUUUCUGUGGUUAUGACCGUCUGCUUCAUUUGGCAAUACAGGAUCCCAAAGUUGAAGACAGAAAUGGUUAUAAAAGAAUCGGCAGCAGAAGCGAUGUGCCCGCGCUAUCCUGAGCCUGUGCCCCUCAAACAUCCCAUCAUAUCUUUAAGAGUGGCUUUAGAGAAGGUCGAUAUACUCCUGAGGACGAGUGUUGAUGGGACCAAGCUUCCAGCAAUGUCUGCCAUUUUGGUUUUAAAUGACUCAAUCCUGUGGAUUGGUAAUUUUGGCAAAAAGAACAUUAGUGACCCAACAUCACCCACACCCAAUGAGUACACAGUAUACAGAAUUGCAAGCCUUUCCAAAAUCUUUCCCACUCUGAUGUUGUACAAGCUGUGGGAAGAUGGCCUUGUGGACUCACUUGAUGACUCAGUAGAGAAGUACACAGACAACUUCACCAUCAAGAAUCCACUCGGUAGAGACAGGGAUUUGGCAUCCUCUUCAGUUAGGACCUUCAACAGAGCUGCCAUUACCUUACGAAGAAUGGCCAGCCACCUCUCUGGAUUACCACGAAGAUUAAGGUCAACUAAUCUCCUUUGGAAUGGAGACACACAUGUCGCCCUUCAUUUGUUACAGGAUGAUGUCCUCGUUGCUGAUCCUGGAACAAAAUGCCACUAUAGCAAUGUUGCCUUUUCUUUAAUGGCCAAUGCUCUGGCCGAGAAGGUGACUGGAAUGAACUUUGAAAAGUGGGUGUCUCGCAACAUUUUACAUAGGUUCAACAUGAAGAACACUGGUUUCGACAUGAUUCCUAUUAUUCAGAGACAGAUGGCAGUGGGCGUCUACAGCAAUGGUCAGCCAGCUCCCCUCUACAACUUGGGCUGGUAUCGACCCGCAGGUCAGAUGUACUCCACAACAGCUGACAUGGCAAAGCUUAUGAUGGCUCUCCUGGGAUCAUACAGCAAGACACUCCUCCGAAAAGACACCCUUAACACUAUGCUGGCUCCACUUUUCCAAUGCCAGAGUGGCUACUUUGCUAACUACACUGGCACACCAUGGGAGAUCAACCAGCAACUAGGCUAUGACGUGGUAAGAAAGGAUGGUGACUUGGAUGGCUUUGCAGCCUCUCUUUCACUGGUGCCACGUCUCAAAUUAGGACUGGUGGUCCUGAUGGCUGGGAUACGACCGUCAGAGCAGGAUUUAGUGAGGCAGGUUUACAGCCACCUCAUCCCUGCAGUUGAAGGUGCUUUCAGGGAUGCUGAACUGACUCCCAGACCACCGCCUGACCCAGCCCCAUAUAUAGGAUUUUUCACUUAUAGGAAUAUGACUUUCUAUGAGAUUAAAGUGGGGUCAGAUGGGGCCCUGAUCAUGCAACAGUUUGGACCACGGGUGGAUAGCAAUGUCCCAGCCAACUACCAAACCAUGCACCUUCAGUACCUUCAGGAUAGGGUGUUCAGAGUGGUGUUCAAGAGCCCAUACCCUUGUAAGUUAAAGAUGAACAGUGCCUCUGUUUCUUUGGAGACUCAAGACAGACAGCUCUUUAACUUUUACUUCUUCAACAAAAAAGGUGUGUCACCAGGUUUUGAUUCCCCAGGACUCAACACUUACAAAGUAAUGAGAAUAGCCAGCAGACCAUAUUUUACUACAUGAAAACAGAAUGUCGUCAUGAUAGCCAUUGAAUUAUAGUAGGAAAAAUAAUGCUGGAAAAGUGAUACGCAAACACAUGGUUUUCACACUUCAAUGUCAUGACAAGCUGAAGCCAUCUUAGAUUUCAAAGCAAGACAUCACCACCCACCCAUCCAUUUUCUAUACCAUUUAUCCUUUUCUGGGUCACUGCUGGGGAAUAAUCCAUCUGAGUUAGGGUGAAAGGCAGACUGCACUCUAAACUACUCAGUCUAAGGGCAAUUCUGAGGAGCGCAUUGACUGGGGAUUGAUCCACCAUCAGCCUAAUGGAAGCCACAAAUUACUUUGAGUCUGAUUCAGUGGAUAAACCGUUUAAAAGAAAAACAUAAAUUAAGAACUUUCACACCUAUAUCAACAUAUGUACUGAUUUCCAUGAUCAGCUAGAGUGCAUGAAGCUAACUGUGGUAUUAUAUAACAUAAAACAGCACAUUAAAUGCAGAGCUGCAUAGGAUGUGGUCAGAAAACAUGACGUGACUGAAACUUGCUAGCAUUGAAAAACUUUAGAUGAGGGGUUAGCAGCAUAUCCACCUCACAGUUCUGAGGACCUGGGUUCAAAUCUGGCCUCACCUGUGUGGAGUUUGCAUGUUCCUCCUGUGCCUGUGUGAGUUUUUCUCCAGGUACUCCGGUUUCCUCCCAAAAACAUGCAUGCUAGGUUAAUUGGCAACUCUAAAUUGCCCCUAGGUGUGAAUGUUUCUUUGUUUAUACAGUAUGUGUCCUGUGAUUGGCUGCCGACCAGUUCAGGGUGUACCAUGCCUCUCGGCUAGAGAUAGCUGGGAUAGGCUCCAGCACGCCUGUGACCCUAGUGAGGAUAAGCGGUACAGAAAAUGGAUGAGGCGUGAGAAACUGUAAUUUUAUCAUGUUAUAAAUAAGACUUGGCGGAGUCUUCAUCUAGUUUUCAGAUGAAAGCACUGCUGGUGACAAUACAAAAUCUGCUUUGAGCCUCCUGCUGAUGUCAAGGUACCCACAACCCCCCCAAACGUUAGGCCAACUCCAUCUUGAAAUGAUCAGAGCGAGGGACUCAUGUAAAUACACACAACCACUUCGAGAUGUUGUCCUCAUUUUUGAAACAAGCCAAGACUUCUUUUAUUUUUUCCUAAACAAUCGCUAUUGAACAGGGCACCCUAAAGCUAAGUCCCUUUUACCACACAUGUGCACACACUUCCGCUCCUUAUGCGCAACAUAAUGUAAAAAGGUCAUUUAUUUACACUUUGUAACACUACACAAUUGAUUAAAUAUACAAAGUAAAUCAUGCAAACAUUUAACCCAUCCAUCCAUUUUCUGAGCCGCUUAUCCUCACUAAGGGUU